AUGUCGUACAGUAAACAGCCUUCGGAAUACCAGCCCAGAAAAAUUGGUGCUCUUCACACAAAUGAGUUCAGGUGCUACAUUGAGAAAGAUGGCACUCCGGUCUCGCCCUUCCAUGACAUUCCUCUCUAUGCAAACGAGCAGCAAACAAUUUUGAACAUGGUCGUCGAGAUCCCCCGAUGGUCCAACGCAAAACUGGAGAUCUCCAAAGACGAAUUCCUGAACCCCAUCAAGCAAGACGUCAAGAAAGGGAAGCUCCGAUUCGUUCGCAACUGCUUUCCUCACAAAGGCUACCUCUGGAACUAUGGUGCUUUCCCAAGAACCUGGGAGGAUCCCAACGUCGUACACCCUGAAACCAAGGCCAAGGGUGAUAACGACCCAUUGGAUGUCUGCGAAAUUGGUGAGCUGGUUGGAUACACUGGUCAGAUCAAGCAGGUCAAGGUCCUUGGUGUCAUGGCACUUCUCGAUGAAGAAGAGACUGACUGGAAGAUCAUUGUCAUUGAUGUCAACGAUCCUCUUGCCCCCAAGCUGAACGAUAUCGAAGACGUCGAGCGACAUCUUCCUGGCCUGCUCCGAGCGACAAACGAAUGGUUCCGCAUCUACAAGAUCCCAGAUGGAAAGCCUGAGAACCAAUUCGCCUUCAGUGGUGAAUGCAAGAACAAGAAGUACGCCGAGGAGAUUAUCCGUGAAUGCAGUGACGCUUGGGAACGUCUGGUCACCGGCAAGCAACAACGUGGUGAUAUCAAUUUGGCCAAUGUCACGAAUACCGGCUCCCCAGAUCGUGUCGAUCCAUCUCAACUCUCCAAGAUCCCUCCGGGACAGAACAUCCCCCCUGCGCCAAUCGACGGCAGCGUUGACAAGUGGUUCUUCAUCUCCGGGAGUGGUGCAACCUCGGAAGAUUACGUGAAGAAGUGA